AUCUUGAUCGCGGAGCUGGAGCAGAUGAGGGGCAAAGGCUCGUCCCGGGUCGGUGAUCUGUACGAAGAUGAGAUGAGAGAACUCCGGAGACAAGUGGACCAGCUCACCAACGAGAAGGCCACGGUGGAGGUGGACCGGGACAAUCUGGGAGAGGACAUCGAGCGCCUCAAAGAGAAACUUCAAGAAGAGAUGCUCCAGAGAGAGGAUGCGGAGAACAACCUUCGGGGCUUCAGACAGGAUGUUGAUAACGCCUCCCUGGCUCGUCUGGACCUGGAGAGAAAGGUGGAAUCCUUGCAAGAAGAGAUCGCUUUCUUGAAGAAGCUUCAUGAUGAGGAACUUGCCGAACUGCAGAUUCAGAUCCAGGAACAGCAUGUGCAGAUUGAUAUGGAGGUGGCCAAACCUGACCUCACCGCUGCCCUGAAAGACGUCCGGCAGCAGUACGAGACUCUGGCUUCCAGGAACCUCCAGGAGUCUGAGGAAUGGUACAAAUCCAAGUUUGCUGACCUUUCAGAAGCUGCUGCCCGUAACAACGAAGCGAUCCGUCUGGCCAAGCAGGAGGCCAAUGACUAUCGCCGCCAACUUCAAUCUCUCACCUGCGACUUAGAAGCUCUUAAAGGAACGAAUGAGUCCCUGGAGCGUCAGAUGAGAGAGAUGGAAGAUAACUUCUCCAUGGAGGCAUCCGGUUACCAGGACACCAUCGCUCAUCUAGAGGACGACACCCGCAAUAUGAAGGAUGAGAUGGCGCGCCAUCUACGUGAAUACCAGGAUCUGCUGAACGUUAAAAUGGCCCUGGAUAUUGAGAUCGCCACCUACAGGAAGCUGCUGGAAGGGGAAGAAAGCAGGUGA